AUGUUUGGCUGGAAAGAAGCAAAGGCAGCCGCCGAGGCUGAGGGCAUCUACAUUGGAGGCUGGGGCCUUCGUAACGCCUUCUGGCCAAAACGUGUCGAUGGUCACCAUGCAAGCAGCCAAGAUAGGAUCGAGCAUGUUGCAGCAGUCCAGGACUGGAGUGAGGAGGAGGAGAGGAAGCUGGUGAGGAAGCUUGACGCACGAGUCUUGUUCCCUUGCUGCAUCAUAUACUUCCUGGCAUACCUGGAUCGGGCCAAUAUGGGAUUCGUCAACGUCCUGCAAGCUGGCAAGUCCAGCAGCUUCGAGGAGACUCUACAUCUCAAGGGAUCGGACUUCAACUGGGCCGUAUCCGUCACUUACUUCAUGGUCACCGUCCUUCUGAUCCCAUCCAAUCUGUUGAUGAAGCGCUUCUCUGGGAAACUAUACUUUCCCGUCAUCAUGGUUCUCUGGGGUGCGAUUGUCAUGUGCAUCGGCGCCGUUCACAGCAGAGCCGGCUUGCUUGCUGCUCGUUUCUUCCUGGGUGUUCCUGAAUCCGGCGUCGUGCCCGCCUGCAUCAUGUACUUUUCCUUCUGGUAUAAGCCGCACGAGCGAGCCUGGCGGAUUGGUGUCUUCCAUGCUGCCAAUUCACUCGCUUCGGGAGUUGGAGGGUUUUUGGCCGUGGGAAUCGAUCAUCUCAACGGAAAAGGUGGGCUGGAGAGUUGGCGAUGGCUGUUUCUCAUCGAGGGAGCCAUGCCGAUUGUCUGUGCAAUCCCCGUUCACUUUCUCCUCCUGACCUUCCCCGAGGAUUCGAAAUCAUUGUCUGAGCGAGAACGUUACAUUGCCGUCAAUCGUUUUGGCCGUGGAGCAACUCGCAAGACAGACGUUACAUGGGACUGGCCGGCUUUCUUCAACGUUAUGACUCGACCGUCAACAUAUGUCUUCUUCGUGUCGUAUCUUUGCCUGUUGAUCGUCGCUGUGGCCCUCGGGACGUUCUUGCCGACCAUCUUGAAAGUGUUUGCCAAAUUCAGCAGCACCAAGGCCAACGAAUACACCUCGGCCGUGUACUUUGUGGCGAUUGUCGUAUAUACCUUCUGGAGUUGGCACUCGGACUGGACGCGUGAGCGAAUCUGGCAUUAUAUCAUCCCGGCAGCCAUGGCUAUUCCCUGCUUCGCCAUCUGGACCCAUGUGGCAGCACAGAAGAGUUUCGGUGACAUGACGCCGAUCCAGCUCUACGGACUGGCGUUCCUCGGCAACAUGGUCUCAAUCGCACAGCCAGCGGCAUUGGCAUAUCGAACCUCGACAUUGUAUGGAGCGGCGGAACAAGCCAUCGGUGGAGCGACUGCCAUUGCAUCACUAUCAAUUGCAAGUAUCAUCGGUCCUCAGAUUUUCCCAAGCUCAGACGCCCCUUGGUACCUGCCAGGCUUUGCGGCUGCGUCAUCCACCAUCGCAUUUACCAUCAUCAGCUUCGCCAGCUUACCGUUAUGGCUGCUGUGGGAGGCGAAAAGACGCAAGGCGAAGACUGGACAUGCCAUGCCUCUACGAGCCAUGGAGGAUGCAGAACACAGUGCCAUUUCUGCAGCCAAUCUCGCUCGUCUUCAUGAACAGAAGGCGUAUGAGGAAAAAUACGUCAUGGAUAUGGACCAUGUACGCCAUGUUGAAGAGCUCCCCGACAACAAGGUUUAA